AUGAGCGCAGUGUUCACGGAAGACGUGCAUGGAAUCGGCAGUGAUGACGCUGAAGCGGACACCGAGCACCCGGCUUCAGAUCCACAUGCCCAUCUUCUUCUCAAUGGACUCCCGCCGAGCGGGCCACGAUCACACGACAGGAGCCCCGCAUCUGCCAUCUGGGCAUGGAUAAAGGACUUUGUGAUGCCCAGGGGAAAGUUGACGAUGUUUCGAGGCGUGUAUGUGCCGGCAUGCAUCGGCAUCAUCGGCCCGACGCUGUUCCUUCGCAUCUCCUUUGUCAUUGCAGAGGUUGGGCUGUACUACACGCUGGGCAUGGUGGCCAUGAUCCUGGUGCUCGCGCUCAUGACGACAUCCGGUGUGAGUGCCAUUGUCACAAACGGACGCAUGCGGAGUGGGGGCCCAUACUUCCUCAUCAGCCGCACCCUCGGUGCUGAGCUUGGUGGCGCAAUCGGUCUGCUGCUGCUUGUGGAACACGUGAUUGCGAGCGUGUUCUACUUGGCAACGUUUGGGGAAAUCAUCCAACUCUCCAGCAAACCAAUCACGGGUCCCGUUGAAUAUGACUAUGAUGCAAGAUACACAAACAUCACGUCAACGGUGUGUCUUGCGGCGUGCCUCAUCAUGGCUCUUCUUGGACCUCUCGGAUACUCCACCAUCUCCCUCAGCUUCUUCUACAUCAAGAUCAUUGGUCUCUUUGUCGCGUUGCUCAGCUUCUUCAUUCGCAAUCCGCCGCCAUCGCCAACAUCGGACACGCCCCCUUCCAUUUCGGGAUACUUUACCGGCCCCUCCAUCCGCAGCCUGAACUCCAACCUCGACCCGCACGAGCGCGGAGGCGACGAGGCACUCACGGGGAGCGACUUCCGCAACUUCCUGCACAUGUUCAGCGUCGUCUUUGCCGCGUUUUCCGGUCUCCUCUGCGGUGUCUCCCUCACGGGCGAAGUCAGAUCAGCAGGCAAAGCCAUGCCAAAGGGGCUGCUGUUUGCAUCUGCGACCGGCGUCUUCCUCUUCUCCAUCACAUCCAUCAUCGUUGCCGCCAGCAUUUGGCGCCUCUGGAUGCUCCCAGAAGGUGCGCGCGGGGUGAUGCUGCGCGUGUGCGUCAACGAGUGGUUUGUGCUCCUUGGGAUGAUGGCCUGCUGUCUCGGAUCGGCAACUGUGCACCUCCUCUCAGCCAGCAACACCCUCAACUGCAUGGCGUGUGACGGCAUGUUACCGUUCCUCAACGCGUCUCGCUUCCCCUGGAUUGCCCGCCCCUCAAACUUCAUCGCCCGCAGAUGGCACCUCAUUGUCGCAUGGGCGCUGAUGCAAGCGCUCGUGUUCAUCGGGCGACCAGACAGCGUGGCCUGGAUCCUCUCGCUCACAUAUCUCUUCUUCACCGCCAUUGUCAACGCUGCCAUCCUCGUGCUGGUUCUCAUUGGCGCUCCAAACUUCCGCCCCAGGUUCCGCCUGUGGAAUCGCUGGACGGCGCUUGCGGGGAUGGUCAUUCCUCUCGUCACCAUGUUCAGCAUCGACGAAACACUCACGCUCUACUUCAUCGGCGCGUUUUUCCUGUUUGUUGGGCUGUUCACGGCGUUUGCGCCACCAACGGACUUUGGCGAGGUGACGCAAGCCAUCAUCUUCCAGCAGGUCCGCAAGUACCUAAUGCAACUUGGCCGCCGCGAGACGCAACAGCGCGCGCUGUUGUCCGCUCGCUUCUGGCGACCGGCGCCGCUGCUGCUGCAUCUGCAGUCUCCAGAGUUCCAUGAAGCAGACAAUGUCUAUCUUGCCAAGGUUGCCAACGCCAUGAAGAAGGGUGGACUGUUUGUCCUGGCGUCUGUUGUUGUGGACGCGUUUAGCGAAUAUUCCCUUGCCUCUCGCGAUGAUCACCUUCGUGCGUGGAAUUCGUUCAUUGCACAGCUGCAGCUCAAGGCCCUUCCUGUUGUCACCGUCGCCCACUCCAUAUCAGAGGGCCUCCGCCACGUGUUGAUGCUGACGGGCAUGGGACCCGUGCGUCCAAAUCUCGUCAUGCUGCCCUGGCCAACGCCAUCAGCGCCAAUCACACCUGCAGACUGGGUUGCCCUGCAACGGGAUAUCAUGCUGACGCAGUUCAGCCUGGUUGUGUGUCGCAACUUCCGCGCGUUGCACAGCGAGCAGAUGGAAACCUAUCGGCAAUGGAUGCGGCGCUCAAGAAACAGGAGCCUGUCUACUUUUGAAAUGGAUCGUCUCAUGACCGUGGAUGUGCACACCGUUCCACUCACGUUGUGGGAGGGGCAGGCGAUGGACUGGGUGGAGCACGCAAACUCCGUGCGCAUGUGCCUGCAGUUGGCCAGCACGCUUCGCAUGAACACGAAAUGGGCGCGAAACAGCAAAAUGCGCGUUGUCGUUGUUGUCAACAGCCGUGAACAUAAGAUGCGUGAGGCUGAGCGCUGGCGGCACUACUUGCAGCACAUCAGAAUGGAUGCCAAAAUGUGUGUGAUCGGCUUGGACGAACUUCAACAAGGGCAACAACAAACCACCACCAUCACCACCAGCAGUAGCAACAGCAACAACAGCAACAGCAGCGUUGCUCGCAGCGUCCUCUCCUCUUCUCGUCACCCAUCCACGACCAGCACUGCCGCCGCCAGUACGCCAAGUUCCAACCCAUCCCACACGUUUGAAUCGUCACAGCAACACCAACAACAACAACAACAACAACAACAACAACAACAACAACAACAACAACAACAACAACAACAACAACAACAACAACAACAACAACACCAACAACAACAACAACGCCGUCGUCGUGAUCGUGGCUGGCAUGCCGCGUUUGUGCAUUCAGACCCGCUCGUGUACCCUGCAGUGAACAGCCGCUCCCCAUUCUUCGCCUCCUGGUCCCUCUCGCAACGCCUACAGGCUGUUCAACGUUUGUUGUCGCAGACCACGACCGCGACUGCACUCACACUCAUGCCACUUUCCCGUCCACCGUUUGAUGAAGAACACCCGCUGGAAUACUUUACCAACAUGUCCAACUGCACUGAGGGCGCGCCAAGCUUGAUGCUGGUCCACGCAAAGUCAAACGUCAUCCACACAGACUUAUGAUUUGACGCCCUUGUUAUCCUUAUGCUGUGUUGUUGUUAUGUUGUUCAUUGAAACACUCACUCUGGCCAUAGGACCAUGGCACUGUUCCCGAAAUCGCUUUGUUAUCCGCUCGCUCGCCCUCCCUCGCUGUUACUCCUUGCUCGCCUUCCUUUGACUACGCUACAUUGCCACACUGUCAGGCAUGACGUGCCAUGAGGCAUAAACGUCACACAACACA